GCGGAGCGGCGGAGCCCGCCGCCCGCCGGGUGCAUGGACAGGAGCUCCCUGCUCCAGCUCAUCCAGGAGCAGCUGGACCCCGAGAACACGGGCUUCAUCGGCGCCGAGACCUUCACCAGCCUCGUGCACAGCCAUGAGCUGCCGCUGGACCCCGCCAAGCUGGACAUGCUGGUGGCCCUGGCGCAGGGCAACGGCGAGGGCCAGGUCUGCUAUCAGGAGCUGGUAGAUCUGAUCAGCAGCAAGCGCUCGAGCAGCUUCAAGCGCGCCAUCGCCAACGGGCAGCGGGCCCUGCCCCGCGACGUGCUGCUCGACGAGACCGGCCUCGGCAUCUACAAGCGCUUCGUCCGCUACGUGGCCUACGAGAUCCUGCCCUGCGAGAUGGACCGCCGCUGGUACUUCUACCAGCACCGCACCUGCCCCCCGCCCGUCUUCAUGGCCGCCGUCACGCUCACCCAGAUCAUCGUGUUCCUGUGCUACGGGGCCCGGCUGAACAAGUGGGUGCUGCAGACCUACCACCCCGAGUACAUGAAGAGCCCCCUGGUCUACCACCCCGGGCACCGGGCCCGCGCCUGGCGCUUCCUCACCUACAUGUUCAUGCACGUGGGGCUGGAGCAGCUGGGCUUCAACGCGCUGCUGCAGCUCAUGAUCGGGGUGCCCCUGGAGAUGGUGCACGGCAUCCUGCGCAUCAGCUUCCUCUACCUGGCCGGCGUGCUGGCAGGCUCCCUGACCGUCUCCAUCACGGACAUGCGGGCGCCGCUGGUCGGCGGUUCCGGCGGUGUCUACGCGCUCUGCUCUGCCCACCUCGCCAACGUGGUCAUGAACUGGGCAGGGAUGCGCUGCCCCUACAAGCUGCUCCGCAUGGUGCUGGCGCUCGUGUGCAUGAGCUCGGAGGUGGGCCGGGCCGUGUGGCUGCGCUUCUCGCCGCCGCUGCCGGCCGCGGGCCCCCAGCCCAGCUUCAUGGCCCACCUGGCAGGGGCCAUCGUGGGCAUCAGCAUGGGGCUCACCAUCCUGCGCAGCUACGAGGAGAGCCUGCGCGACCAGUGCGGCUGGUGGGUCGUGCUGCUCUCCUACGGCACCUUCCUCCUCUUCGCCGUCUUCUGGAACAUCUUCGCCUACGACCUGCUGGGGGCACAGAUCCCCCCCCCGCCCUAGCGCCCCCCCCCCCCCGGGGCUUCCUCCCCCUUUCCUUUUUCUAUCGGUGUCCGAACGGAGCUGGGGGCUGUCGCCCACCCCAGGUCUCCCCUCAUGGGUGCAGUGGGGCCGGGGCUGUCGCCCACCCCAGGUCUCCCCUCAUGGGUGCAGUGGGGCCGGGGCUGUCGCCCACCCCAGGUCUCCCCUCAUGGGUGCAGUGGG